AUGAAAUCCACAUGCCCGGAGUCUGACACACAGACCAAUUCGGGACCAACGAGCGCGUCAUGUUCCCCCUUAGUCUACUUUCCGGUACAAAAGUUGCGCUACCUCAAAGAAAAAUUGGACGAAGUAUUUCAGUUGUAUCCACACUUGCAAUCUGACAUGGAAUGCACCACCUCCGAUUUGCCCAAACGCCUUGGUCCAUGGAACUUUUCUGCCUUGAACGGUCUAGACAAUCACGGGGGUAAUCAUAUCAAGACAAGUGUCAGUGUCACAAACGUCACCACGAGCAAUUUCCCACACAGUCCAACUAGCAAAACGACGACAACAACAACAAUUCCGGCGAAAACCCCCGGCUCAAAUCGUUCAUCCAUGCCCACUGAAUCACAAUUUACAAACGCCAGUCCCGUUUCACACACACCCUCUCAUUUGUACGAUCCUUUGAAUCCGUACUCCAGUGCAUUUUCCAACGGGACUCGAUUACCUACAACAACUGCCUUAAGUGCCUUCGUCAACGAAACAAAUCCUUGCAUGGUGGACUCAGCCCUACUCUCUUCCGUGAUUCGAACUCUCAAUAUGCUCCCAUUUGCUAACCUCACCCCUGGCACCACCGGUACACAUGCAUCAAGCCAACUAAGCGAUCUACAUCCAAACCUACCAUUACUCAACCCAAUGUGCUCCAUGGGCUUAUCCAACUUCACGCGAAGUAGUCCUAUUCAGGUUGAUCCGAUGGUUACCACCGGUGGUACGGGAUUGCCGUUGAAUCAAAGUACCCGAAUGGCUUCUGGUACCGCAACUAUGAAUCAAACAAGCAUCCCGCAUACAGUCACGGAAAACAACAACCACAAAGCUGAUGAAUCAACUGUGUUACCCUUCGAAUCAGUUUUAUUCCCCUUCACAGGGCCUUUUACAACUUCCACCGGAUUCACCGAAGGAAUUCAGCAAGCCCUUUCGGCCUCAGGGCUGUUACUGGACAAUCGUCUGGAUACAAAUGAAUUUACCCGAAAUUCCUGUCCAGAUCAACUACUUCCGUUAGAUCCCGAGCAUUUAAGGGGUUGCAUUUACGAUCCCCUGAGGACUUCCAUUAAUAACAUCAGUCCGAUCCCGAAUUGUUUCCCCAAAUUUAACGAAAAUUUUUCACUGACAAACAACACUGGCAACAUCCAUCGAGCCAACACAAACGGCUUGCACACCGAUGAUACCUAUUCGAACAAGCUCGGCUUGGGCAAAUCCGCUCAGUUUGCUCAAUCGAAUCCAUUCGAUGUGGCUCAGGCAUUGGAUGAGCUUGGCUCGACUACAGUCACUCACACAUCGAACAAUUUGCCAGUUUGCUUAGAUUCCGAGAUGAAAGAGUUGAAUACGGUUUCACAUUCGCCCAAGGAUGUGCCCGGUUCCAAGCAGAUCGAACAUGAGAUGCGAAGCAAGUCGGCUGCAUCAAAAUCCAGUGAGUCAAAUCUCAGUGAGCCGACUGCCGGGGUCAAAUUGAAUCGACCCGCUCGGAACGGAACUGAUUCGCGACUGGAAAAAGCAACUCAUAUCAAACGUCCCAUGAACGCAUUCAUGAUAUGGGCAAGAGAUGAAAGACGAAAAAUCCUAAAGGCUUGCCCGGACAUGCACAAUAGUAACAUAUCCAAAUUCCUCGGUGCCAAGUGGAAAGCAAUGAGUUCAGAGGCCAAGCAACCCUACUACGAAGAACAAACCCGACUCAGUCGUCAGCACAUGGAAGAACAUCCGGCCUAUCGGUAUCGACCCCGCCCCAAACGCACGUGUAUCGUGGACGGUCGAAAACUACGCAUUUCCGAGUACAAGGAAUUGAUGCGAUCCCGAGGUGAUAUGGCUCGACGUCAGUGGAUUGGGCCACCGGAUGAGCAUACGCAAAAACUAGUCGAAGGCAUUCUGGUGCUCUAUAGUGAUAUGCUAUCUGCUCUUCUCAGUCUUUGGGCUGCUUACGGAAAACUGUUCAACCCCGAAUCAUUGUGUUACAUCGAUCGGAGAACAAUGAUGAUACCGAUCGAAUCGGCAAAGCGCGCCACCGCAGUUGUAUCCCAAACUCCACUCAUGCAGUCCCUGUGCGCGCUUGGGCACGGAGACAGCGNUCGAGAGAGAAAGAGCAGAAUGGAAAACAAUGGCAUGACCUCACUGCCACCUGGCUCAUUGACCUUAGAAAGAGGCGACCCCAUGUCGUUUGCCCACAAAUCCCGUGUCCUGACCUCUCAUCCACAAAAAUGA